AACAUGUCUACAAAUACACGAACAAGGAAAAUCAAUACAAAGAAGCAGAAUGCAGUCGAAAAUACUUCAUACGAAAACGAGGAGACUGAAAACACAUCGAUUGGCUGCUAUAUCAAAGCAAGGCAUAUAAUUGUGUUGAUGUCUUUUAUUGCGAAGUUCAACUCAUAUUCGAUGAGAACCAAUCUCAGUGUUGCUGUUGUUGCCAUGGUGAAUCAAACUGACGAAAAUACUUCAAAUAACACAUCUGAUGUUUGUCCUGACCAUGGAAGUUCAGAAAUAGAUGAAAUUGGAGAGAAUGGGUCUUUCAACUGGGAUAUUGGACAAGAAAGUUUGCUUUUAGGAUGCUAUUAUUACGGAUAUAUAAUUUCGAAUUUUGUUGGUGGGUAUUUGGCAAAAAGAUUUGGAAUAAAACUCGUGCUUGGAAUCUCGAUGUUCUUGUCUUCUAUUGUCACAAUAUUAAGUCCUCCGAUUGCUAAAGCCAGUUUCGGACUGUUUGUGGCUGCGAGAACACUACUUGGAGCGCUGCAGGGACCAAUUUCGCCAUCAGUUCAUGCUGCUAUUGGCAAAUGGAUUCCACCGCUGGAACUAACAAAAGCUGUUGCAAUAGCUUCUUCUGGAAAUUGUAUUGGAACACUAGUCACACUCCCCGUAGCCGGAAUAAUAGCAGAUCAACUAGGAUGGGAAGCAGUUUUUUAUAUAACUGGCGGUAUCGCUUUACCAUGCUCAUUGCUAUUGAUUGCUCUCGUUCAUGAUUCACCAUCUGAUCAUCCAAGAAUUUCAGAUGAAGAAAAAUCGUAUAUUGAAAAGACAACGGGGAUAUCUCAAGAGAACUUAUUGCAAUUUCAGGAAAAUGACCAACCCACUCCAUGGAAGUCAAUAUUUACGUCCAUUCCACUUUGGGCCACAACUGUAGGAGUUUUUGCCUGUAAUUGGGCAACGCACACGUACUUGUCGUUACUGCCAACGUACAUGUCAUCAAUACUUCGAUUUAAUCUUGCCGCUAGUGGAACACUGUCUGCCCUUCCUUAUUUGUUGCAAUUCUUGACCUUGCUGGUAGCUGGAUAUUUUUGUGAUAUCAUUCGUCAACGACGUAUCGCAAAAACAGUUACAGUAAGAAAAGUGAAUUCAUUUUUGUCUCUCGUUAUUCCGAGUAUAUUCAUUGUACUAGCCGGCUACAGUGGUUGCAAUGUUGUGGCUGCAGUGAGUUUUUUCAGCAUUUCGGUAGCCUUUCUUGCAUUUAAUGUGACAAGUCAUGAAGCAAAUAUCAUAGAUUUAGCACCAAGAUAUAGUGGAAUAACUUGCGGAGUAAUUAAUGCAAUUGCAAACUUUCCCGGGUUUCUCGCGCCUCAGAUGGCUGGUCUCAUUCUUCUGAACGGGCAAACCAUCCAGCAAUGGCAGUAUGUAUUUUGGAUGUCGGCAGUAGUUGCUACUGUGGGAUUCAUAUUUUUUGCUAUCUUUGGUUCUGGACAAGUACAACCUUGGGCCCUUCUUUCCGAUUGCAAUGAUACUUCAAUUUCCGACAUAGUGUCAUCUAGCAAAGUUUAUGAACGAUCAGAAAAUAUACCUACUUUCAAUAAGAAGGAACCCACAGAUGUUCUGAAUGAUAAACUUUGAAUCUCACGUUUUAUAUCUGGUGCCAGAGGGUAUCGAUAUCCCGCAAGAAAUGACAUGUACUUGAUACUCCUCCAUCAGAUAUAAAUAUAGUCAAAUACGAUAUUUUAUGAGUAGGCCUAUGAUAGUCU